AUGCCGCGGCCGCGGGGCUUUGAGGCCGUCGGUCUGGGCCGCGCUGCGCUGCGGCGCCUCGGCUGGGUCCCGCCUCAACGUUUCGCCUUCGUGGGCGGAGGCCUGUCGGCGACGCUGUGCCAUGCGAGGACCAGCGGCGAAGGGGUUGUGCCCCUCGAUGGCAACGGGCGGGGCCCGGCGUGGAUCGAGACGGGCUUCGCGAGGACAUGGUGCGCCUUCGUCUCCAGGCUCCAGCGCCAGUUCGCAGGGGCGCUGCGCUCUGGCGCGGCCUUCGUGGAGCUGGACGAACCAGCGUCCAUCCUGGACUUGGCGCCCGCGCACUGCCUGCGCCGGGUGCGGAUCAAGGGCGCGUGCGAGUGGCAGACGGCCUGCGCGAGGAUCGAGCAAGACCAGAAGAUGGGGGGCGAGUGCGGCGCCCGCCAGGUAAUCGAGCCGCCGCGCGUCACCGACCGCCGGGCGACGGGGCCGGCCUUCGAGAAGGCGCACUUGAAGCGCAAGGUCGGCCAGAUAUUGGCAAGAUCCCAUCUCGAGGCCAGGCGGCCAGAGAUCGAGCGCGGCGACGUCCGUGGGGCGAUGCCAUUCAGGAAGGCGGCGGCCAGCGAGGUCGACCCGCAGGGUCUUGCGGCGCUGCAGAAGCGCGUCGGUCUGAUGGGCAGGAAGGCCCAGCGGCAAGCGCAGCGGGGCCGCGUGCCGUUCCGCGCGGCGCUCCGGCGGUCGGGCGACGAUUCGGUGGUCGAGGAGCGCUGCUUCACGAUUCCGCUGGCCCUCGCCAGCGCGGCGGUGGACGUGGCCUGGUCAGACAACGCCGACUCUUCCCACGCGGCGCUGCAGGGCGUGCCAGUGGUGCGCGGGCCCCUCGACCUGGGCGCAGCGCGCGCCGCGGCCCUCCGCUGGAGCCGCUUCGGCGCGCCGUGCCCGAAGGCGCGGCGGCCCCCGCUGCGGCGCGAGUGGGCGGCGCAGGACAUCGGCGAACUGGCCGAGAGGCUCGCGGCCCACAAGGGGGGCGGAGAUCCCGCGCGGGGCCGCUCGGCGGGCCCGAAUAUGGCGCUGGGCGGUGACUCGAGGGCGCCAGGGGGGUCGGCGGUCUGCUCGGCGAAGGCGAAGACACCAUACACCAUCGGCUGUGGUGCGGCCAGUCAAUUAGCGAGCAAAGAUCAGAUACUGUCGACGAUUAGGCUGAUCGCAAGAGCCUCUGCGAUCACGUCAGAUAGUCAGGAUUGGAACCUGUUCACCAAGGGUCUCUUUCAGCAUCCAGGCGAGUCUGUGCCAGGCGCGAUGGCGGAGAUGCCGGUCACCCUGGCGCCAGUCAUCGACCUGGCGGCCCAGGGGAUCAAUGCUCAGGCGUUUCGUUUCGGCAACCUGACCAUGGAGUCCGACAAGUACAUCAGCGUCAAGGACACGGCCGCCGACGGGGCGAGCCAGGUGGUGACCGUGGACAUGCACAACAACAACGCCGUCAACAAACGCCCGAUGAAGGCGGAGGCCACCCUGAUGAACCCGACUGACAACAUCAUCGCCCUGAGAGGUGGGUCCCUCGGUCGCUUCGCCACCUCGAAAGCUCGAGGUAGAUGUCUUACCACAGCGUUGCACAUUGACUACGGGGACCAGGACCUCGCUAUCUCUCUGCCCACUGCUACCAUCAGCUUGUGGUUUGAAAUGCUCGCCUCGUCAGAAGCUUUCAGGAAGAGAGCGGCCAGAGCGUGGCCGAUUAUUUUGAAGAAUUUGCUCGCCACCCCUCAGAACCGCCAGUGGAGGAAGAUGAACGGCCUGAUCUCGGGCACGAUUUCGGUUUUGCUGUCCGCGGGCUGGGACCCCCAGGGACCGUGGAAGUGGACCCACCCCACAGGCGAUAAGUAUGAGGUGAGUGAAGGUAUUUUCGACUCGGACCCUGACUGGGAGCCUUUCUUGGAGGUCUUCAGAGACACCUUGAGGGGGUAG